GCUCGCUGUCAUGUCCUUAUAUAGGUCUCGUCGACCCAAUGCCCGGGUUUGCGCCUGCUCUUGGUCUGCCCGCGCCAGUCCCUUCCACAGGUAGUUGAGGAGACUUGAAGAAGAAGAAGAGGAGGAGAAGCAGACGAGGUAAAGAGGCCGACACGAGAAGCUCAACACCAUGGAUUCUUUGGAUUUGUCAAGUAUUGACAUUUACAACACGCCCGUCGUACCACCGCCCGAGGGGGUUACGCCCGACUUUGAUCCCAGUUGGACGCAGGUCCAGGUAGCAACAAUUAUUGUCUUCGGGGUAACUUAUUCUCUGGCAACAGCCACCCAGGUGCUCCGAUACAUCACCAGCACUUUCAUAGUCAAGGCGCUGGAGCUUGAUGUUGUUCUCGUCACCUUGUCAUGGCUGACAUCCUUGGGAUACUUCAUCUCCGUCGCGAUGUGCAUGCAUCACGGCUGGGGCCGGCACGCCUGGAACGUGAGCAUUGCAGAAGCAGCCAACUACAACAACUACCUGCUCCCAAUCACUAUAACGUACAUCUGGUGCCCAACGUUGGCAAAGCUAGCCAUUCUCUCGGUAUUGCACCGCAUCAGCAACUCGCUUUGGUUCCGCGGUUUCCUUUACUUUAUCGUCUUGACACUAGUAGCAUACACGACAACGUUCACGGGCCUGCUUGCGGGGACCUGUAAUCCGCGCGAACUGGGAUCGGGGAUUUGCCUAAACAACAUCGCUAUCGCGCAGGUGGCGUUGAAUAUAUGGUCUGACGUGGCUAUUAUCCUUUUACCCAUCCCCACGAUCCUGAGACUUCAUUUGCCUCUCAGGCAGAGACUUGUGAUCGCGGGUAUUCUGACCCUUGGGUCUGCGGUCCUCAUCACCUCCAUUGUCCGAGCCCCCUACAUCCAGAUCCUGGCGGAAAGCCCCGACUUCUCGUUAAAGCAGGCCGAGGCCGGCGUUUGGUCCAUUGUUGAGCUCAAUCUCGGCAUUGUGUGCGCCAACCUCAUGCGCAUGAAGCCUUUUCUGAGACGAUAUCUCCCCGUGUUUCUCGAAAAGCUCGGGUUUUCGUUGGGCAAGAGUAGGGUCCGGAUGAACGGGAAACACUCGCAUAGCUUCCAGCUGCACAGCAUCGAAGCUCCGCGGCUGCAGGACGGGGCAAGCAGGGACUGCGUGGCUGGCGUUCAAGGAGUACAGAGGGAUGAUGGAAGUACAGAGAGUAUUUUGAGGCGAUGACGUGGUGCGCCCAUGACCACCGAGGUCACCGCUGUUGUGAUGUUAACACGACUGAGUGAUGACAGCCCUGGUCCCCGGAAUUAUGGUGCUGUGCGACGGAGAAAAAGACGACAAUAUUCGUGACCCGAAAACAAAGGAUAUAUAAGAGACAACCUAGAGUUAGUAUCCGUAUCGAUAGUGAUAUUCAAAGCAGAUAUCAGCCGUA